GAAGAUUUUUAACUUUAAAGUUGUUUAACUAAGUUGCACUUUGUACGGAGUAUGUAAAGGAAGAUCUAGCUUGCAAAGGUUAUCAAGCUAGCCGACGUCGAAGGGGCGAGGCUGGGUUGGUCGCCUGUUCGUAUUUUCGAAAAUCACCUUACCUGGUCGCUGGAAAGUGCUUACCGGUCACGCGGGGCGCAAUUGACAGUGGGAGACGAGGAGUUUUGAACCUGCUAUUUACGCGGGUAAUGAUUGUUCCAAGCGGGAAAAUAUACGAAAUUGCGCCAGCCGUGCGACGCACAGUGGUAGCUCUAAAGACACCACAACUUCCCCCAUCCUUCAUACGUUGUAUUGCCAUACUACGAUCUCCGAAUAGGAUCUUCUCUGGAACACGAUUCGGGCCUGCAGGAGCCAUAUCGAUGGCUCUCCCCACAACAACACAGUGCGCAGAGACACCAUCCGGCACUGCGUGCAUACCACCUUGCGGUUACAAAUGUUUGGACGCCUACAUAAUCAGAAACUCCACGCCCUGCGCGGCCCGCGAAUAUGGAUGCAUGUGCGGCAGAUCCGACGCAUAUAAAAACGCCGCUUGUUGUAUGACGCCAGCUUGUCCGCUCCCCUCGGAACAGUCAUUGUCGCUGAAUUUCUUGGAGGCAUUCUGUUCGACUUUCAAUCAUUCGGCUAGUUAUCCAAUCACCGUAGAGUGCAAGGACUGGACUGCUCCUCCAGUGCCUUCGGAGCCGAGUAACACAUCACCAGCCCAUACAGCGACACCAGUAAAUGGAAAAGCUAUUGGUGGUGGAGUUGGUGGCGGGGUGGGAGGCUUACUUGCUCUUACUCUGGGAGGGUACUUAAUCUGGCGCCGACGCACGAAGAAGAAAGACAUUGCCGAUCCCUCGACCGCACCCACAGAAGCCGGAAAUGGCACAAGAUCAGAUGGAUAUGUCAAGCCAGAGCUAGAUGGGCGUGAACAAGUUCUAGAAAGGCACGAGCUCUCUCCCCAGGAACGGGAUAUGUCUGCGCAUGAGAUUGCUGGGCGGGAAAGAAAUCCGCAGGCUGCUGCGCCCAAUAUAGGAUAUCAACACCAGAUGGGAGGAAUCUACCCGUGGGAACCAGUCGGCGAGCUAAGUGGUACUCCGGGGGUGUCUGAGCUAGCGGUCACCCACACUUCGCAAACUUCUGAACUUCCUGGUCAUGGACAACGAUAAGAAGUUGCUUAAUGCCGUAUUACGUCGUGCUCUAGUCUUUAUACCCGCUUCGAUUGAUUUGUACAGAUCUAUAUUGCUAUCUCAAUAUGUAAUAACCCGG